AUGGGUUUAAAGCUUGAGCCUGGUAACGACAAAGUGCAGCCUGGUAAUAACGAAAUAUGGCCUGGUAACAACGAAAUGCAGCCUGGUAACAACGAAUUGCAGCCUAGUAACAAUGAAAUGCAGCCUGAUAACAACGAAUUGCAGCCUGUGCAUCCUGAUAAUAACGAUGAAGUGCAUUCUGUUAACCAUAAUGAAACGCAGCCUGGUAGCAAUAACGAAGUGAAUCCUGAUAGCAAUGAUGAAGUGCAUCAUGUUAGCAAUAAUAAAGGACGAUCUAGUAUUAGGAGCAUAGAUAAUUUAAGGUCUAUCAAUAAUAAUGAUCAAGAUAAUUUUCUUAGUGCUUUGAAUUUUUUUAAUGGCUUGAGCGAUGAUAGCAGUAAUGAAAUAUUAUUCAAUGAGCAUAAUGAUGAUAUGACGCCCCUUGAUAAUACUUACAAUGAAUUUUUAAAAGAUUUUUAUGCUUGUAAAAAUAUUUUAUCACCCGCAAAGUUUGAUUUACAAUGGUAUAAACUUAUUGCAAAGUAUCUAAAAGCAGCUGACUAUCUCAAUUCUGAGCUUUAUUCAAGUAAAGAAAAAUGGGCUAAAGCGUAUACGACCAAAUUCUUUACAGCUGGUAUCACAUCGACAUCACGAGUUAAAAGUGAAAACUUAGUAAUAAAAAAUAUUCUUCAAGGUCGUCCCAACCUUUGUGAACUUGCUGCUAUCUUAGACCAUGUUCUUGAGGAAUAUCUAACUAAAGAAAUGCUUUUCCGGCAAAGACAUGAAAUCGCACAAUCACUUUAUUAUUACUCUAAAAUAAAAAGUAAUAAUUUAACUGAUGAGAGAUUUAAUGAAGAAGGAUAUGAUGAGCAGCAAAUUCACCUAACCUCCCUUCUAGAUGAUCUUUCUUCAAACGAUGUUGUUAAAAUAUAUGAAGUUCAAUGA